AUGGAGGGCCCAUCUACUGUGCUUGUGGACAACAAUGACGUGGAAAACUGUGUUUGUAUUGUGUGUUGCAUCUUAAAAAGUGGAUUUUCAAGUCGAAGUUUUCUAGAUAAGACGAACAUUAUUAAUUCUGGUAGGCCAAUGGACCUCAUUAAUUUAGAGACAAAAGUGGAAAAAUCCACAAAGAAAUUUACCAGGCAUUUUCACCUGGGGUUUUAUGAAAAGUAUGACUGGUUAACCGGCUGCAAAAAUGUAUCAAAAUUGUUUUGUUGGCCUUGCUUACUUUUUAAUACGUCGGAAAAAUCACAUUGGAACUCAGUCGGCAUUACAGAUUUAAAUAAUUUUCACAAAAGUCUAAAACGGCAUGUUAAUAACAAAUAUCAUUUGUUUGCUACAGUUGAAGAGAGAACAUUCGGGAAGUGUCGCAUUGAACAUAUUUUGGACGAUCAUUUACAAAUUAGCGACAAAAUUCACAAUGAAAGGGUAACAAAAAAUAAGGACGUCUUAAAACGAUUAAUAGAUGCAACUUGUUUUCUUGGAGAGCAUAAAUUAAGUUUCAGGGGACAUAAUGAAGCAACCGAAUCAGUCAAUGGAAGAAACUUUAUGGACCUCCUAAAUUUUUUAGCAAAAUACGACGAAACCUUAAAAAAUCAUUUUAUUGAUUCGGCGGUUUUCCGAGGAACCUCAAACACAAUCCAAAACGAUUUGAAUAAGUGCAUUGCUGAAGUUGUGGGGGAUCACAUCAAAAACGAAAUUAGAAAAGCACCCUUCGUAUCAAUUGCCCUUCAUGAGACAACAGAUAUAACUAAUUUGAGCCGGAUAUCCAUUGUUGUGCGAUAUGUACUCGAUGGUAUUGUUCAAGAGCGAUUCUUAGGAUUUUUGGAUAUCACCAGCGAUCGAACUGCAGACGCUAUGUUUAAAAUUGUUUGUGACAUUGUUUCAAGUUUAGAAUGUGGUUCUAAACUUGUCGCUCAGAGCUAUGAUGGUGCUGCGGUGAUGGCGGGCCAUUUAGGAGGCCUUCAAGCUAAAGUGAAGGAAAAAUUUCAACAUGCAAUUUUCGUUCAUUGUUUAACGCACAAAAUUGAUUUGGUUCUGGCACGAGGCUUGGAUAAUAUUAAAAAUUGUAAAGUUUUCUUCUCGACGCUUAGCAGCUUGGCUUCCUUUUUUUCAAAAUCAUCCAAACGAACUCAUACUUUGGAUACGCACGUUCAAAAGAGAUUUCCAAAAGCUGCCCCGACUCGAUGGAACUACAAUGGAAGUUUAGUGCAAACAGUGUUUGAAUACCGUGACUCUUUAAUAGACUUUUUCCAAGACGUUUGGCAUAAUAAAGAAAAAUGGGACGGAGAAACUGUUACUGCCGCUGAGGGAUUUUUGCAUUGGCUAAAAGGAAACUUUGAUUUCAAUUUCUUGCUGAACGUUUUUGCAGAGAUUUUCCCUUUUACUGGCAUUUUAUUCGAAAUUUUACGUUUAAUGUCGAAUGAAAUUGGAUUUUGCAUGAAACAAAUUGACUAUUUUAAAAAUGAAAUAAUUAAAAAAAGAGACCAGUUUCAAAACGUUUGGAAUAAAACUGAAAAUAUGGAUUUAGAAUCCGAGAUAAAAAGAAUUAGAAUUGAUAACGUCGGCGACAGAGAGACCUCCUACCAUCGGUUAUACCUCGAAAUAUUCGAUAACAUUUUACAACAAAUAGAUAGUCGUUUUCGAAAUUUUAACGAAUUAAAAUUUGUGGAAUUGUGUAAUUUUAAUUUGGGUAAAAACUAUGAUUCAUCAAAAUUUCCGACUGUCCCUUUUAAUUCACUAAAGCUAAAUUACGAAAAUUUCUUCGAUAUUCCUGCUUUAUAUUCUCAGUUAAGUGUCGCUUACGAAACAACUGAAAUUAGUGAUAAAGAAACUCCCCUGAAUGUAUUAAAUUUUCUAAAAACAACUGGUUUAAAUAAGUCUCUAUAUGAAGUCGCUAAGUUGUGUGAAUUAGUACUCACCAUGCGAGCCACGAGUGCAUCAGGUGAAAAAGGUUUUUCUGCACUGAAGCGCAUUAAAUGUUUUAUGAGAAACUCGACAAGUGAAGACGGAAAUUUAGCCCUAUUAUGCAUUGAAAAAGAGUGCGUUCAAAAAUUAUCUGAAAAUCCAAAAUUUUACGACGAUGUUAUAGAUAAAUUUGCAGCCGUUGAUAGACGAAUAGACCUCAAGUACAAAGACGUACAUUGUGCGCAGAAAAGUGUAAGAACGGCAAUUUCGGAAGGCGAAUCAACUAAGGAGGACAAGUCACUUGAGUUAGGUAAAUCUUGGUCUACCAUUCUUCAUGGGUUGGAGCUCGAACAGCAACGAAUAGCCGAGAAAGCCAUCACCAGCAUCUUAACUGAAGCCCAUCGCGGCAAACUCGACCAGUAUUCAGUGAUUAUUAACGGUCUUCCAUGUGUAGAUCUCUAA